AUGCCUGAAAAAUCUGAAAAUAACUGGCCACCAUGUUGUUCGAUUAUUCGUUAUGAUGUUCAAAAUGAUAUUAUUGAGAAAAGAGCUCGCCAAAUGAUUGAAAGUUCUUAUAGAAUAUAUUUAAUUUAUUACAUUAUAUUGCUUUUCAAUCUUGGUGCAAUAAUUGCGACGGCCGUACAAUAUGGUAUUUCAGAAGGCUUUGUUCAAAUUAUAAUCGCUACGAUAUAUCUAGCGAUAUGGCCAAUUGCAGAUUUCGUUUUUAGGCAUAUGAAUUUGUACCAAGGAUUCAAAAACGAAAAUAAAAAGGCAUUCCACUACUUCUUUUUUACCGCACUAAUAGAUGUUAUAUUUGGGCUAUUCCUAUGCACAGGUUGGUUCUUAAGUGGUUGUGGUGGCAUCAUCGCAACAAUCGAGAACUUUAACUAUGGCAGGAUUUUGGCUGGUGGAUUUACGAUUGUUAGCACGGUGUUAACAUUUGGGCAUGUUAUAUUACACUUAAAGUUAUGCCGAGAGGUUCGAAUAUUUUAUAUAACAAGAUGUAAAGACGAAAAAACCGAAAUUGAUGAUUUUUGA